AGGGAGUGGGGGAGUUCCCGUCUCCGGCUCGGCUUGGGGCGCAGGCUGCGCGGCCCCCUCCUUCCCCUGUGGUUGGGCCGGUCUGGCUCUCCCCGCCGCGGAAUGGGAAUGGGCCGGCCCGGGGAUGCGCGGGCAGGAAGGGUCCAAGAUGGCUGAACUGCAAGUGGACUCGACGGGGGGAGGGGGCGGCCUCGGGGACUGCCGCGGCCCGGCCAGCGCCAGCCCCCGCAGCUCCUCCUCCUCUGCCGCCGCCGCCGCCGCCACGGCCUCCUCCCGCGGCCACGGCCGCCCAGGCGCCGCCACGGCCUCCGCGCUGUCGUCACUGCCGCAGCCGCCGUCGCAGCCGGGGCCGGGGCCGCCCGAGCGGGCGGGGGGCGCGGGGCGCUGGGUUCGGCUCAACGUGGGCGGCACGUACUUCGUGACCACCCGGCAGACGUUGGGCCGGGAGCCCAAGUCUUUCCUGUGCCGCCUCUGCUGCCAGGAGGACCCGGAGCUGGACUCCGACAAGGAUGAGACAGGAGCCUAUCUGAUUGACAGAGAUCCAACAUACUUUGGUCCUAUCCUAAACUACCUCCGACACGGGAAGCUCAUCAUUAAUAAGGAAUUGGCAGAAGAAGGUGUCUUGGAAGAAGCGGAAUUUUACAACAUUGCAUCUCUUGUGCGACUGGUUAAGGAAAGGAUACGGGACAAUGAGAACAUAACCUCACAAGGGCCUGUGAAGCAUGUAUACAGAGUUCUGCAGUGCCAAGAGGAAGAACUUACACAGAUGGUUUCUACUAUGUCUGAUGGUUGGAAAUUUGAACAGCUAAUAAAUAUUGGAUCUUCCUAUAGCUAUGGAAAUGAGGAUCAGACAGAAUUCCUCUGUGUUGUCUCCAGGGAGCUAAAUAACUCUACUAAUGGUAUUGUCAUAGAGCCUAGUGAGAAGGCAAAGAUUCUUCAGGAACGAGGCUCUCGGAUGUGAACUAAGAAUCUGGCUCCACUGAAGUCCUGAAGACAUCAAUAGGUCAAUCCAACAGAGCAUCUCUCCAAAGUUCAGCCUUGCUCUUGCAUGGUAACCAUACUGAAGGCAAGGCAAAGCUGAACGUGGCUCACCAAUGGAGAAUCAUUCUGGCCGAAACCAAAGGAUUCCCCCCCUCACCGUAGGAAACUAAAAAAACAGAUGAGACUCCUACCUAAAGAGUUCUUCUUCAGAAACCUGCCUUUGUUUUCUUAGCCAGGGCUAUAAACAGAUCUUCACAGUAGAUGUGCCAGGUUCCUAGUUGGCUCCUUUACUAAGAUCUGGGGAGAGGGGAGGACAAGGACAUAUAUAGCCAACCUGUGCUCCAUAGAUGGCUGGAUCAGGUGAAAAACAGGAUUCCUACCUGGGCUUGCCACGUGUUCAUUCCAAGGUUCACUAAGUUGGAAAUUUGCAGUUACUCAACAUCACUCUCCUUCCUCUCCCCCCCAUUUCUUCAAACGGGUACAGCAGAUGCAAAGAAAUCUAGCACAGAUUGACAACAGAAAAACUUUUAUUUUUAAAGGAAAGUUGAUUCUUGACACUGAAACACUUCAUCUUUGCUUUAUGUGUCAGUUUCCCAAUUUUGGAAUUGGGUUCUAAAUAAAUUUGAGGAAAGCCUUGUGUCUUUGUUGAACUCAGGCUCUGGGAUUAAGAGAUGCUUACGUCUCUUAAACUUAUCUCACAUCACUUAAAUUUGCCAUCUUCCCACAGGAGCUAUGAAUGGACCCAUCUUUGAGUUAGAGGAAGACUGUGGCUCCUUUUCCCUUGUGUCCCGCAAGAUCCCAAGCAAUCUGGCCGGUCUGGUCGGGGUUACAAGUGCUUGCUAGCACUUAGUGCUGCCUUGUUCAGCUUUGCCUUGCUUGCCUCUGACAGCGAGGAUGCUCCUAAGGCCCUGCUGUGUCCCCUGCACUUGCUGCAGAAGAUAUGAGGCAGACUUUUGUUCUGUACUCUAUCUAUCCAACAGGUGGGCUACUUAACCAGCAGACAAAUGAGAGUUUCUAUUUGAGUACUUCAGCUGCCUCUGCAGCCUCCCUCCACCCCCUGUUGGUCCUGUCUCCCUCUGCUGGCCUGUGAACUCCUGGCAGUAGCUGGCACAGAACUUGGGGGGAGGGGGGGAAGUUGCCAAAAUUGUUGUGAUGUUGCCAUGUAUUGUUGCAAAGUAUUGUUGACUUCUGUGACCCUCUUUUUGAGAAUGCCUUGAAUGAAAGUGCAGUGUUUGUAUAUGCCUCUCUUGGAUUUCUGAUUUUAGCCAAUAGGACUCACGGAUGCUUCAGUGAUUCUGUACCAUACUAGUGUACGUACUUACUUGGAUGGUAGUUUUGAGGUCUUGCCCUUCUCCUAUGCCUCCCUUCAACACCUGUCACCUUUCUCCCUACAGUGUCAUGUCUAAUCCAAAACUACUUGUUUGGCGUCCUCUAUUAGGCAGUGAACAAAGGAACUGCAUCUAGGAUGUUUCUGGCAUUUCCAGUUACUGUGUUUGAGUCUAUAAGGGGCCAAAUAUUCCUUCCUUUAUCCCUGAUAACGUACAAUGUUGUGGUGUUUUACUAAAGAUAUACACACAGUUUCCCUAGGAAGCAUAAACUGGUAUUAGGGUUCUGGCUGAGUUGAGGGGUUUUGGGGGGAGCACUUUCAGACCUCUGUGCUACUCAGCUAUCAUGUUCACUAGAUAGAAGUUCUUUCUGUGGGAUCAGGGCAAGUCUGGACUGACAGUGUUUUGAAACUGUCUACUGCCAAUUGCCUUUUGAACUUGUGAUGGACCAGUGCUUAGAUGGACUGACCCUUUGUCAGAUUACCUGGUCUGGUUCUCCCUUGUGUCCCUCUUCCUUUUGUAUGAUCUGGUAACUUGUAUACCUUGACUGAGCCUCAGUAAUACUUGGGUGUGUGUGUAGUUGUAUGCAUAUAAAACCAGUGUUGGUAAUGUAAAACUUCAGCCCUUAUCCAGUACUUUUUCACAGCAAAGAAACAUCAUCUAAAUCAGAAGACACAUAAGAAUGCUGAGAACAGCCCCACAAGACUUAUCAAGACGUUAACAUCAACGCCAUCGUCUCUUUCAGAGAAGAAGUUCUUAGUCAAGAAAAGAACCACAGUGUGAAGGUAAUAGGAAGGGCUGCUGUGUUGAGGGAGAUUUGGGUGGGUGUGAAAAAGGUACUACUCAGCUGUUCACCACAGGCGGCAGGCAUGUCACCAGAGGAAAGAGGCUUCAUCUAGGGUCUUCCGCCUAAAUUCUUUGUCUUUUUGUUUGAGGCUUCAAACCUCCUGUUUGCCUCUUAUGGAAUCAGACCAUUUGAGGCAUGCCUGAGAACCAGCGUCCUGUGAUAAAGACGAUGGUUGUGGGGUUAAUCCCUAACCCAGGACCCAAGCCUAGGUACCUAGAACACAAAAUACAGGUUUCAGAUGGAAAGAAGAUUGACUAGGAGAUUGUCUGAGCUGGCACCUAUUAGGUAAAUAAACUAAAAUUUGGUUUAAUAGCCUGUCAAAUUCCUUUAGAAUAGCCUGUGUUUCCUUUUUAAGAUUAUCAGGAAAUAUCAGGCAUCUACCACGUGGCUAGUGCUACCAGGUGCUUGAGAAAUAAACAAGUAAUGUGGGAUGAGGUCCCUGCCUUCAAGCUUCUUACAGGCUAAUUGGUAUUUAGCAGGUUUCCUCCAUUGUGGCCCAAUAUCAUUAAAAACUAAGUUUCCGACAGUUUUAGAAAUUAGUCCAGUACUCUUCCAGAUUCUAGAAUUAAUGCAACAGAUGAUUCAAUUGAUUUGGUUUCUACAGUUCAAGCUACAGUGAAAAUUUUUCUUAUAGAGGCCCUUUAUGAACGAAGUUAAUGUACUAGACAAAAGCCUUAUCCCUGGAGAUGGACCUAUCAACUUGGUCCACUUUCUCAAGUUAUCCAGUCUUGUCAGCUGUAUUCAGCACAGCAGUGUUGAGAGGUGCACCCUGUCUGCCUUUUUAUUCCCCUCUUAGCAACCAAGUGCUAAUGAGAUUGUCGGGUCAGUGCAAUGAAAGGGCUGGCAUCUCCAUAAGGAGGUUUCCUGAGGCCUAAUCUGUUUUCAUGGCAGUGAAAUGGGGAGGCAUGGAAAGGCCCAACCUCCUCUAAAGUGUCUUUGUUUCCGCACAUUUGUAACUGAUCUCAGGGGUGACAUUGAGGUGCUGGGGGGGAGGGGCCAGAGAUAUCAGGAGAGAAAGGGGCAGUAUCCCAGCAGGGAGAGGACUGCCAUGCCCUCCAGUGUCACCUGCAGUCCAGACGUGUGACACUGUGUCUGGCACUUGUUGGUGCCCUUUGCUACUGUUAGUGUUUGAAUAAUAUUUGAAAUGCUGUGAUUUUUUUUGUCAAUAAAGACAGUUAAAACAAAUUUAUGAAUCUUGCA